AUGCGGCGCACCCCAUGUCUCGCCUUCCGACUCCCUUUUCGCAAAUUUUUCCCAAACUUUCGCCCCCAUCACCCCUCAGACGAGGGGAGGCGGGGCGAUUUCGACCCGGCGGCGGGCGAAGGAGGCAAUGACGCGCAAAUAUCCCCCGCCCGCUCUUCCAUUGGCCGCGUCCCCGUCGUCAAUCUGCCGUCGGAGCCCACUUUUGGCCCGGCCUUCGAGGCCUAUCGCGGGAAUACGGCGGAUUUCCUCUCGACCCCCCUCCCCUACAGCUCCCCGUCGUCAAAAUCGGGGAUCGGCGGGGGGUUUGGCGUGCGGGGGGAUAAAAAUUUAAGUUUUUUACGCCCAAGAAAGCAUAAUCUCGCCCCGUCUUCUGAGGAGGACGAUCCCGACACGGCGAUCUCCCUCGCGCAGCGGCGGAUGGCCUUUAUGAAGCGUUUUCGCGGAAGCACGAUGAGUCUUAAUCAGCAUUUUCUCCUCGCGGAUCUCGAUUUUGACAGGGAUCGCCUGAUUCUCGGCCCGACGCGCGAGGACUUCGAACACAAUCUCGGGCUUCUCCAGAACGCCAUCCUCUCCUACGCAAAGUGGGAGAGGACGGACAAUAUUUACUACUAUUGCAGUUUAUUUUUGAAAAUUUUGACGGCCUGGACGGUGAUGGAGUGUUUUCAGCAAUAUUAUGAACUUCACCAGCUUUCACAUCACCUCGAUGACUUCAUCGCCGUUUCGCAGACGGAAAUGGAGGAGCUUGCGGAGGGUCGGCGUCGGGAUUUCGCCGUCGCGGUCCGGGAACUUCGCCAGAAUAAAAUCGAUUUUCGCCCUCUUCUCGACGCGAUCCUCACGGAAAAGCGGCGAAUUCUACCCCCCAAUGCUCGAAUUCAGGCUGGAAAUGCCGAGAUGGGGGGGAAUUCGUCCGAUUUAAACCUUUUCGAGGAAAAAGAUGGGAACUUCGCUUCUCACAAGGUACAAAACCGCUCGGAGGAGACCUGUCGGGGUAGGGAAUUUUUGUGGAUAGGGGCAAUCUGGCGUCUACUUCGCAGAGGGGAAAAUGGGGAAUCGGCGCCGGUCUCGCGGGAGGACUUUGCGCGGUUUUCAUACGCUGCGAAUCUGGGCACCCUCGAGACGCUCCGCGCGAUUCGGCGAAUAUUACUCCCCAAAAGCGAGGACUACACUCAAAUUGUUCGGGAGGAAAUGAUGGAGUACAAGCGGGACAAAGAGAAGUUGAUCGCUCUCAGAACAUAG